AUGUUUCGGCCGAUCAGCGAGGGGGAAUUCGGCUAUACGCGUGUGUCCGCUAUGGUUCUUCUAGGCGGCGAGCCACGCAACACCACCUUCAGGAAUUUAAACGCACCGCAGCCCUGGUUCGAGGAUCCUGUAAGUGUCGCUCUUCUUGAUACUGAGAAGUUUAUCCGGAACGGCAACAUUGAUGAGGGAUCCAUAUGCACUUCUGAACCCCUCACGGAGCGUGUGACAACGAACUUGGACCAAGCAAGCGUGUUACCGCCUCCAUCCACGGGUUCUUUCAUGAACUCUGAGGUUCCAUUCGAGACACCCCCUUCUUCGAAAAGUAUCCGUAGCCUCAAACAGGGUCGGAGGGGGUUGAAUCAACAUCACACGCGGCGGGUGCGCCGUUUUUUGGUUGUUGCAAAGGAGCUGAGGUUCACAGCGGAGCACCCUCGUGAGGAGGUGUUCGCGCAUAUUCAGAGGCAUGUACUCCGCUGGUCCUCCCUUUCUGUGCACAGUCCGCUCUUGCUGCGGUAUCUGCGUAUGGAGUACAUUGGUGUGAAUGAGGUGGAGCCCUUGUUCCUUCCUAACGGCGAUCUUCUUUCUCACAACAGAUCAGGGGUAUGCCCCACGGGAGCUAAGCGAAUGAAGAAAAAGGGCGACAUCGGUUUGCUGUUUAAUGACAACGUUUCUCAGGAGGGAAUGGGGUCAAAACGGCAGGGGUCAUCUCUCACUGAUACAGCGUGUCCUACAUCCCGUGAGGUUGCUGGGCUGCGGAUAUAUUUAGAGCUUGCCAGGCAUGGCACUCUCCAUACUUUUCAAACUCGUGAAAUGCCUUCUUUAUUUGGGCGGAGUUAUUUGCACGAGCUAACGGCACGCGUAUAUAUGCGGGAUGUUCUACUCGGACUUUUUUUCUUGCAUGAAAACGGUGAGUUACAGUACGACCUUAGCGCACGUGGCAUCUUCUUGAACGAACCGAUUUGCUCUGUAUACAAGACUUACUUUCCUGCUUACAUUUCAGAAGUCCCUGUUGGUGACCUCACUCGUGUCCCGCCAAUAAAAUUUGGACGUGUCCUCAAGCUCUUGAAUCCCAAUCCCUCGAGACUUCAAGAACUGCAAAGAGAUCCUUCAGCGAGUUUCGAUACAACCACGCCUGCCGGUUCCUUUCAUGAAGGCCAGGGUAGUAACCUCUGCGACCCUGUCCGUAGCAACAACUCGAAGGGUAACAAGUCGUCUGGGGUCACUGGAAACAAGUUAGUUAACUCGAGAAGCGGUGUUAGACUCGUUCCAAGAACCUCCUCCAUGACUAUUGCGCAUCAAAACGCUAGCAAGUCGGUUGGUUUUGAUUUUUCGAAGAGCUCGACUUUCAUCAAGCGCAAUAGAAUUAACUCGAACAUUGGUAGUAAAGGUUGCAAUUCGGGAAUCACCGGUUCCAUCAAAGCCAAUGGUUCGCAUAAAAAUGGGAUGCCCACCAAGAAGUCUGUUUUAUCCACUUCAGGCCUCGCACCUGCGUUGAAUGAGUCAGAUGGCAAUGCUGGCAUGAGGCUUAACGGUCGCGUUCCUCGUUUCCCGCCAUCCCGAGGCCAAACCAUACGGUGUUGGGAUAGCCUGGCUUUCUCUCAGAUCGAACAGACCUACGGUUUCGAGGAAUCGCGACUCCCCCUCCCGUGCCUUUGUGGUGCAACAGGUUCCCAGACCCGCCGAAGGCCGUGGAUGUCUGCAAUGGGACAUGGGACUCACUCCUGUCGAAGGUCGAGCGUAGUAGUUCGAGCACAAAUGGCGUCGCCGCAGCAGGCCUGGUUCGCGGCGCGGACGUCCCACCCUCGGGGGUCGGGGGGGCCGUGA